UUGUCGGGAGUGUAUCGCUUCAUUAUAUGAUGCCUGUUGAAGUCUCGAUAAAGACCUCUUGCUAGAGCAUGCGUGAUGUAUUACGCAUCCAAGGACUGUUGUGUUACCAUAAGCUAGCGCGUCCAAGUAGCAUAAAUUUUUUGUUAUCGCGAGUCUAAGUGUGUUCCUUCUUUUUUCUCUUGUUAUCGUUGUUGAACUCGAGGUACAAAGUACACAGCUGGUAUUAAUCGAUAUUAGUCGCUGCCGUACGCCGCGAUCUAACGUUUAGUAUUUCAAAUUGGAUUCGAUCAAAUUGGAUUUGAUAACGAGUUAAGAAAAGUGUGAGUGCGUAUAUAAAUUAGCGCCGAAAUUUUCAAAUUUGCUGGAAAAAAGUGCAAAUUAAUACCAUGAAGUACGUCGCGGCGCUCGACGUCGGUACCUCCACGGUACGCUUUCACAUUCUGGAUGAAAAAGCGGUCACGGUAGCUUCCUCGGCGGAGAAGGUUAAACUGAUUUAUCCAGAGCCAGGAUUUGUCGAGAUAGAUCCGGAUCAUUUAUGGCAGACUAUAGUAAAAGUAAUCAAGGAUACAUUAAAAAACAGCGAGAUCGAUCCGAAGUUUAUCGCUUGUCUUGGAAUCUCAUCGCAACGAGCCAGUUUUAUUACCUGGGAUUUAAAGACUGGAAGGCACUAUCACAGAUUUAUAACGUGGAAGGAUCAACGCGCGGCUGCUCUAGUCGAUGAAUGGAAUCGAUCGAUGACGAUGGGAGGAUUGCGAAUAGCUUCGAGUAUUUUGUACACUCUUACGAGAAGCAAACGCUUUCUGUCCGGUAGCGUGUUUAAGUUUAUGAAUAUGCAGGUCACCUUGAAAUUAGUAUGGGUUCUCCAGAAUAUACCCGGUCUUCGAGAAGCAGCAUCUAAGGGAGAAGCAGCAUUUGGAGGCAUAGAUUGUUGGCUUUUAUACAAAUUAACAGGAAAACAUAUAAUGGAUGUUUCAUGUGCCUCAGCCACUGGUAUAUUCGACCCAUUUACAAUGGGAUGGGCUAAUUGGGCGUUACAUAUUUUAAAAUUACCACGCAAUAUUCUUCCUGAAGUAGUCGAUACAGUGGGCAACUUUGGAACUAUACCCGAAAGCGUAUUGGGGGCUGAAAUUCCCAUUUAUUGCUCAAUGGCCGAUCAAGCAGCUUCCUUAUUCGGUUCAGGAUGCUUCAAGCCCAGUGAUCUUAAAAUUACUAUGGGGACAGGUACUUUUGUGAAUGUUAAUACAGGAGGAGAACCACAUGCAUCAGUUGCUGGACUUUAUCCAGUUGUUGGAUGGCGAAUCGGAAAAGAACUAAUAUAUGUUGCAGAAGGAUCUUCAAGUGAUACCGGUAUACUAAUAGAAUGGGCUAAGUCACUAGGAAUUGUAAACGACGUUAUAGAAACAGCUGAUAUGGCGAACUCAGUUAAUGACACUGAUGGGGUAUAUUUUGUUCCGGCAUUCAGCGGAUUACAGGCGCCUAUAAAUGAUUAUACAGCCGCAACCGGUUUCUUAGGAGUAAAGCCAACCACAAAGAAAGAGCAUAUCAUUCGGUCUUUAUUAGAGAGUCUCGUUUUUAGAAUACAGCUACUUUACGAAUGUUUGUGCAAAGAAACUUCUUUUACAUAUCAAAGAAUAAAAGUCGACGGUGGAGUUUCCAAAAAUGAUUUUAUUAUGCAAUCAUUGGCUGACUUAACGGGGUUAGAAGUGGAACGUCCAGUAUCUGUCGAGAUGUCCAUUCUAGGGGUAGCAUUCCUCGCUGGUUUACAAUGUGGAUUGUGGAAGAGCAGAGAAGAGGUAUCGAUGCUACGUCAAGUAGAUAGAAUAUUUAAGCCAAACAAAGAAUCGCAAUCAUCUUAUCAGCAUGCGUUUCGUCAAUGGAAACGCGCAAUGGAGCGCUUCAAAAAUUGGUACUGACAAUAAUUUCUGAAUAAAAGACACAUUUUUUAUGAAUAAAUGUAUAUUAAAUUUUAAAAACAAUGUAUUUAUGCCAUUUAACAUCGCAAUGAUGAUUAAUAUAUUUUAAGUAUAAAUAUAUUUAUAAUUAAUUAAACAAUUUUGUUUUAUAUUAGGUUUUAUAAAUAUAGAAAAUUAUUUGUGCAUAUAUGUGUGUAUAUGUUUGUGUGUAUGUGUGUGUAUAUAUAUAUGUGUGUGUGUGUGUGUGUGUGUGUGUGUGUGUGUGUGUGUGUGUGUGUGUGUGUGUAUGUGUGUGAAAUUGUAUUUUAAUUUAAAUAUUAUGAGAGAAUGUACACCGAUGUAUUCGGAUUACACAAGUAAACAUGAUAUGUUUGUCUUUUAUCGUUGAUACUACGAUAUGAUCUGACAUUAAAGCGCGUUAAGACUUUCAUUUUAAUUGAGAGUCAUGUUCAAACGCUACGCGUUUAUAUGUAAUACGAUGAUACAACGAUGCGUUAAUACUGUAUAUAUAUUUCGUAUUAGAAAAAAACUGUACUCUAAUAAAAUUAUUUGUAAUUUUUAAUAUUUAA